AUGUCGCCACACUGCUCCCUUCUGCUGCUGCUGAGUGUGACCUGGCUGGUCUCGCCCUCCUCUGCCCUGCCCUUUGAACAAAGAGGCUUUUGGGACUUCGCCCUGGACAGUUUGGAGAAUGGCGGCUUGAUGAGUAUGAUGAGGGAUGAGGAAGAGAGUUCAGGCAGCGCGGAGAUGCCCCCUCCAGACGUGCCCACGUGUCCCUUCGGCUGCCACUGCCAGCUCCGGAUCGUCCAGUGCUCUGACCUCGGUUUGACGGAGGUACCAAAGAAUCUUCCUCCAGACACCAAGUUCCUGGACCUGCAGAACAACCGUAUCACCGAGCUGAAGGAGCAUGACUUCAGAGGCCUCACUAACUUAUACGCUCUGUCUGUGAGGAAUAACAAGAUUUCCAAAGUCCAUCCCAAAACGUUUGUCCCUCUGAGGCACAUGCAGAAGCUCUACUUUUCAAAGAAUCUGCUGACCGCUAUACCCAAAAACUUGCCUGCAUCUCUGGUUGAGCUAAGGAUCCAUGAGAACCACAUCAAGAAGGUGGCAGCUGGAACCUUCUCUGGACUGGGCAACAUGAACUGCAUAGAAAUGGGAGCAAACCCCCUCCAGAACAGUGGUUUUGAGCCAGGAGCAUUUAGGGGACUUAAACUGAACUAUCUGCGCAUAUCAGAAGCAAAAUUAACCGGAGUCCCAAAAGAUCUUCCAGAGAGUCUCAGCGAGCUUCAUUUGGACCACAAUCAGAUCCAGGCUGUGGAACUGGAGGACCUGAGCCGCUACAAAAACCUCUUCAGAUUGGGCCUUGGCAACAACCACAUCCGUAACAUAGAAAACGGCAGCCUGUCAUACCUGUCCAUGCUGAGAGAGCUGCACCUGGACAACAACCGCCUCACACGUGUUCCCCAGGGCCUUCCAAAAAUGAAAUACCUGCAGGUGGUGUACCUCCAUUCCAACAACAUCAGUCACGUGGGCGUGGAUGACUUCUGCCCUCGAGGGUUUGGGAUGAAGAGGACGUUCUAUAAUGGCAUCAGCCUGUUUGAAAACCCUGUCAACUACUGGGAGGUGCAGCCGGCAACGUUCCGCUGCGUGGGCGACCGGUUUGCCAUUCAGUUUGGAAACUACAAAAAAUAAAAG